CUCUUGGCAUCCAUCAUCCUCAUCAAAUCUCUCUCUGUAUCUCUCAUUGACAAGUACUGAAGCAGUUUACACAGUCAGUCUUGCAAGGAGUUCAAUCUCUGCAAUUAUCAUCAAAUUAUAUAUAAAACCAUGUUGAGAGCAUUGAGCACAAGAAGAAGCUAUCAUGGGUAUGAAAGGUUAUUGGCUGAUGAGUCUGCCAUUGGUCUUUUGGAGGGAAACUUGAAGAGGUCUAAAACCCUCCCAUCUGGGCUCCGAAGAUUUCAUGUCUCCAACAAAUUACCUUCAGAAUUGGCCUUCCCUAGUGACCCUAAAGUGAAGCCUGCAGCAGCAAGAAAGAGUAACAAGAGUCACCCACUUCUUAGUCUUUUUGAUUCUCGCCGGAAGAAGAAAACCACAGCAAGACCGGAGCUGACAAGGUACAUAGAGUAUGUGAAGGAGGGAGGGACGUGGGAUGCGAGCUCAAAUGUGCCAGUCAUUCACUACAAAUAAUCGAGCAGCUGUUACUUAUUUACUCACUCUUGAGGUUCACAGUUCAUUCUCUCCGUCAACAUUUGUAUUCUAAGACACCGAGUUUGAAUGCACAGAUUUUAGGGGAUAUGGUAAAAAAGGGGCCAAAUUAAACUUAUGCCAUAAGUUUAGGGGUAAAAUUGAAUUUAGUAUUUAUUUGUUUGAUGAAACAACAGGAUGUGAACAUGGUAUAUUUUGUCUUAUUUUUUAUAAUUUGCUCCGGAUAAUCCUUGGCUAUUCCGGUGCACUGCUGGCAAACUAUUGGAGGAGUAAUCUAUAUUCUGUAUUUUUUCCAUACUUAAAUAAUUAAAAGAAAGAUAUAAUUAUAUAUUUA